AUGCCAUACCUCCUUGAUACAAUUCAAUCAGCUAUUAUCUAUACAAGACCGAAAGAAUCAUCAUCUUUCGAUGUUUUUGGACAUUGGGGAAUUGUUGUUGUCAAUAAUAGUGGAAGCUAUCUAGUUCAUAAUAUGCCAGAAACUGGAACAAUAGCUACUCCUGUAUCAAAUAUGUCAAAUAAUUGGAAACCUGUUGCGAACUUACCAGUUGGACAUAAUAAAACUAUUCAAGGAAUGUUUUAAUCAACUGGACUGGUAGCUCAUCUUCCUCAAGGACUUUUAAAAUAUGUUUCAUAAGGAUUCUGCACAGGUGCAACUGGAAGCAUGGCAACAUAUUUGGUUUAAUGAGUCCUUUAUCAUAAUAUAAAUAUAAAGCAAUA